AUGGCCUUAAGCAAAUCAGCCUUCAUUGCUUGCUCUUUAUUCCUUUCCCUACUUGUAAUCUUAACCUGGGAAAUUCAGUCCGCUGAUGCAAGGCGUUUGAUUGAUACUAGCGAGCUCCAAACUCUCCACACUGAUCAAUACAAAUCAGUGGUUCAUAACGAGACUGAAACUUCAAAAGCAGUGGUCGUAUCUCCCCCAACAUCAGUGACACCACCACAAAGUGAGGUUGCUGGUGCAGCACAGCCCCCUCCUCCCGCCCAUGGCAUAGUUGACUUCAGGCCCACAGCUCCAGAUGGAUUCUGCUCAAGUCCCCGUGUUGCAAUAGAUUUAGGAGAGGAUAUUUUAAAUUAUGCCAAUAUCCUCAAUGGAAGCUCAGGGCAUAAUGAUAAUAUGUUUUCAACGUUUGGUUAUCCUGCAUCUGGCGAUGCUAUUAGCUAUAGUCAGAACCCUAUUCAAAGUCAAGUUGCUGCUCAAAGUGAACCCAAAACCACAAAGAAAGCUAAAAGAGCCAAGAAUUUCUCCAUUCAAGAAGACAACCUUCUUGUGUCUGCCUGGCUCAAUACUACCCUUGAUCCAGCAAUAGGAAAUGAUCAAAAAGGUGCUGCUUAUUGGAAAAGAAUUUGGGACUAUUUCUAUGCUGAGAAGAACUUUGAACUAGAGUGUGAUCGUAAUCAGGGUUCUCUCAUGCAUCGCUGGUCUGGAAUUCAACUGGAUGUGAACAAAUUUUGUGGCUAUAUUGCUGAAAUUGAAAGGACAAGAGCAAGUGGUACAACUGAACAAGAUAGGAUUGUGGAAGCCAAACAAAAGUUUAGGAGGGAGCGAGGAUACAACUUUACAUAUGAGCAUUGUUGGCAUGUGUUGAAGUUCCACCCGAAAUGGAACUUGGAACUCUCUAGGAAAAAACCAAAGAAAACUCAUGCAACGGUUCCUACUACUUCGUCUCCUAUCACUCCAUCUGCUAGCCCAGAUACAAUAGAUUUAGCUGAUGGCAAUGUUGAAGGUAAUGAGUCUCCAUGCUUGGAGAGGCCUAUAGGCAAAAAGGCUGCCAAGACCUUGGCAAGGAAGGCAAAAGCUAAAGAGAAAGUGGAAGCAGCCCAAUCUGAAUUAGGAGACUAUUAUGCUCUGAAAGUUGAACAUGCUCAUAAGGAGGAUGAGCAAUUUCAACUGAUGUAUGAUGCAGAACAAGAGAACAUUAAGCUGAGGAAACAAGAACUUGAAAUUCAAGUUCGAAAAGAGGAUAAUGCAAUAAUGGCAAUUGAUACUUCUACAAUGGAACCAAUGCGGGCAGAAUAUUUUAGAGGACUUCAACAGGAAAUCAUAGCAAAAAGAGCUACUAAUGGAAACUAGUUUGGAGUUACCUGUGAUGUGCGAACUAGAUGUCAGUUCAUUUUUUGGUGCUAGUCUCUUUCUUUUCUCAUUUUUUGUUGCUUUGAAAGUUGUACGUUUUCAGCUACAUUGAGAGCUGAUGAUGUACUUCUAUCUAUUCUCUCUGUUCUGUUAAGGUCAGUGAUGAUUAUUAUCCAAAUUUUUCUUUUGAAUGAUGAAUUUGUUUAUUUGUUGUUAUAUAGUCGAUAAGGAGAUUCUGGUUCUGAUUGAAAGACAUAAGCUUUAUA